AACGAUUCUUUACAUCUGCUCUAUGCCAAUUGGCAUCUACCUGGAUCUCAUAUGUUACCACUAUAUAAUCCCACAAAUAUCAGUCCGUACGAAUUUCACUCACGGUUCAAUUCCGACCAGUCCUAUAAACGGUCGCCCAGGCUUUCUGUGACGAAAUUGCUUACUGAUAGGUGGUGUGAGUUGAGUGAAUACUAUACUAUAUAUGCUGGUUCCCCACAGUUCAAAGUAACAAACGCUAUUACUCAAGGAUUGGAACGGCACUCUGAGCUUGAAUAUGAAUUGCAUCAACCGAUAGAUAUAAGCUUAUUAAUGGAGACUCUAUCUGGAAGCAUUUCUGAUGCAAUAUCUCAUUUCCAAGCAACUAUAAAAGAUGUGAAAGACCCAGAUUUGUUACUGGAGUUAGAUGGUAAUCCAGAUGCAGCAAAAUUAGCAAUGGAAUGGAGCGAUCAUUCUAUUAACCGUUUGUUCAGCUUGAUCACAACUUCCGAAGCCAGAGAAGUUCUUGUUCACGGAUUCUUAAAUCUUGAGAAUUCUGAGUUUGUUUCCAGCAUAGACGAAUUAAAGAAUCUGCAAAAUGGAAACAUUGAUAUCAGAAAGGUAUUAGUCAGUGGUAUUGUGGAUCACUUCAAAAUAGAAAACUUAGAGGAUCCCACAGACUUGUCGUUGUUUCGAGAGAUUCGAGACUAUAUGGACUAUUACUUCGAUACCACUAUAGGUGACAAGCAAGUAAUAGAUCUUACAAAGUUUUUACAGUCAGUUAAACAAUUUGUUGAGGAACACAAGUCCGCAUUCAGCGUCAAGACGACAGACGUUAAAACAAGGUCUGUGAAUCGAUUACCAAGUCUGAUUUCCGUUUUGGAAGCUGCGAAAUUCCAAACAUUCUACUAUAGAAAGAUGUUUGGACUACUUUCAAAUGAGCAUCAAAGAACGGAAAACAACCAUUUUGCGUAUUACAGUUUACUAGAAAAUGCACGCGUUCGUGGUAUUGAUGUUGAUGAACCGCUUGAUAUAGUAACCUUGGUUAGUAUCUUGCGGAAAAACUACAACUUAUUCUACUUGGAUUUCGUAAAAUUGGCAAAUGGAGAACCUAUUGGAUUUGAACCUUUUGAUUCUUACAAUAAAGGAAGAGAAAACACAGGUUUUGCUUUAGAUUCUGUUUUUGGAAUCGCAGAAAAGUGUCUUCUCGCAGGCAAGCCUAUGCAAUUGGAUUUGAUUGAGAAGAUCAACAGUCUCGAAGAUUUCAACUACGAUGAAAUUUUGAGUCCAGAUUUGAUUAAAAACUGGAAAACUGCUCCUACAUUAAGAUAUCUUGCGGCGCGUUGUGCACAAUUCUAUGAGCUCUUUCUGGAGUUGCUAGGAGAUCAUACUGCUGUGGAAUACCACAACGGUCGAACCUCCCAGGCUUUCCAUACUUCCGAAUCAAAGUACACCGAGGAUGUAAUUGGGGAACAAACAAGGAAAGCGUCUACCUUCUGGAACGGAAAACGUUUUCCAAUCUAUACACGAGAUUUAAGCAAAUGUAACUAUUGUGACUUUAAACCAAGGUGUAUGGUACCAAAUCACCAACUACAAGGCGAUCUUUAUCGAAAAUCAUUAGGAGCGAAGAUAAAUGAGUUUCUUCAUAGCUGA